GUGAAACAGUUUGGGAAAAUAUGGCCAAGAUGUGUGUCAAAACAAAACGCUUAGAUGUAGCAGCUCUUUGUUUGGGCAACAUGAGUCAUGCAAGAGGAGCAAGAGCUCUUCGACAAGCAAUGAAGGAACCACAGUUAGAUGCCAGGGUAGCUAUGCUGGCACUGCAACUUGGUAUGAUGGAAGAGGCAGAGCGUUUAUAUCGUGGCUGUGGGAGAUAUGACUUGGUCAAUCGCUUGCAUCAGGAUGGAGGUAUCUGGUCAAAGGCAUUGGAGACAGCAGAAAGCAAUGACAGAAUUCACCUACGUUCUACUCACUACAAUUAUGCUAAACACUUGGAGAGCAAAGGUGGCCCUCCACAUUCAUGA